GAAGGCAGUCUCACCAACCCCAACUCCCGAUCCUGCUACUCUUCUGCCACAUGCCCGGGAAAAAUUUCGACAAACAGUUGGCGGAACAUAGCAGCCCUGAAUAAUGUGCUACCCGUGGUAUUCUACGCCAUUGGAGCAAGUCAUAUAUUUGGCUCAAAAGACAUAAAAGCCAUCUUCGGGGCGAGACACAAGGUCGAUCCACGAUUUAUGGGGCUCGUGCUACUGAAACUGACACAUCCGACCGAACGGCAUCCCACCGCCUACUUUGACGGAAUGUUGCUGCAGUACCUCAUUCUGGAGAUUCCCAAUUGUGGUGUUACAACUCAAUAUCGACACAUUAAAGACCUUGCGAAGUUAGUGCUCGACAGGGAGGAAUCCAUUGACCGAAGUUCCCUAAUGGAUCGUGCGACAAGCCUUGUGGCAGGGCCCGGCUUCUCUUCUUCAAUCACCCAAAUUUGUUCUGGUGUCUUGUUGAUUGCUCAGUUAAUCAUGCCUUCUCGCACCGAUGAUAUUUGGCCGCUCUUCACUAUUCCGUUGAAGUCGCCGAGCUUCGGUCCGAGUAUGACGCCAGCCUCGAGGUCGCUGCAGACUACUAUGGAUGACAGGCGCGUCGAUCUGAAGCCUUGGCCACCGAUCAUUUCAGACCCGGCCGAAGAGUUGCGACUGGGUUUCUGGCGGCAAAACGGUAUUAACGUUGCCUCUGAUUUACCUUGCCAGUUCGACUCACUUGUGCGAAAGCCAGAUCUGGGAGACAGAUUGGGCAUCAGCCCCGUGGUGUUCUCUUUGGUGAAACUGGUCAUUAUUGGUGGUCUGCCCGCGUUCGCACUCAAUUGCAGGAAUGAGUUGGAGCUUCUUCUCUAUCCUGUCAAAGCACCAAACUCCUCUUGCCCCGAGUUUGGCCUUUGGGAGAAUGAAGACACGCCAUGGCAGAGAAACACCAAACUAGACACCCACCAAGGGCUCGGCAUUAGCGAGGGCCACAACGAUGAAGAAGGACCGAUCUGCUCGAGUCUUCACGGUCUGGUUUGGGCCUGCCGG